AUGCUACCGCUGAUAGAUGAUGCGGUUAUACAAGCCAACCCUGGGUUUGGUCAACUCUAUGAUACACUCACGAGCGACAUUCUCCACCCCGACGGCUCGACCAAGAAUGACAAGACUACUAAGCAGCGAGAUGAAACUCGAAGAGAACUCGGCGAGUAUCGCUUCAAAGCCACCAGGAGGCAUCUCCUUAAGCACGCUUUGGCCACAGCGGCACCGCCUUCAUCACAACCUUCAGCAAAACACCCAACAAGUUCAAAAUCACAAUCAUCAAGAGACGCGGUUCCACCCCCAUCGGAGCUCUUAGAUCUAUUACUCCUCAUGCCGUCAUUCCUGGAUCAGGGCCGCACUUUGCGACCGGCUGACCUCGAACUCCUGCUUUCGAGUUCCCCCUUUUCAGACUUCCCAGUCCUCUUGCCACAACUCACCGCCAUACUGUCAUCGCAUAUCACAGCACAAGCACGUGGCCUGGCGAGAGUGCUUCACCCAACGACCAAUCCCUCAUUCAUUCAUCGCGCCAUCCCCCAUAUCCUCCCAACAACGCAGGCUCUGCUAUUAACACUAUCAAAUAAUCGCGCGAAUCUCACAACGAAACGACUAGCCACUACUUCAAAUCUGGUCAGCCACUUAAAUCAGCACACAGAAGCACUGUGUCUGCUUCUGCAGGCUCUCGAGGACAAGCAUGGUCCGGCCGCGCUGUCUAGCAGCCUGAGAGCCUCGGAGGCGAGCCUGAAAGCACAGCUCUGGGCCACUUCCAUGGACCUGCUUCUCUGGGAGACGCGUGCUCACCUUUACCCGCCAGAGGGACAGACAGCCCUGAACAACUACCAGCGCCACCUACGGGACGCUCACAUGCAGCUGUCUAACAAACUUCGCACCCGAGAGUUAGAGCUGGGAGAGUAUGGCGUCUUCAUCAGUGCCGAGGAGGGAGGACUGGGAAUUGGUCGUGCCGACGAGUUGAAGGAGCGCAAACUCCGCGAAAUGGCCAGGGUGUGGAAGGAGAUGGAGCACCGAUUGAAGGAUGUAAACCGUGAUCUCAAACGACUAUCAAGGGGCUGA